AUGACGCGCGCGCUGAUGUUUCAGGGAACAGGCUCGGAUGUCGGCAAGUCGGUGCUGGUCGCCGGGCUCUGCCGCCUUUAUGCCCGGCGCGGCCUGGCCGUUCGUCCGUUCAAGCCGCAGAACAUGUCCAACAAUGCGGCGGUCGCCGACGAUGGCGGCGAGAUCGGCCGCGCGCAAUGGCUGCAGGCGCUGGCCUGCGGCGUGCCACCCUCGGUGCACAUGAACCCGGUGCUGCUCAAGCCGCAGAGCGACACGGGCAGCCAGAUCGUCGUGCAUGGCAAGGUGGCCGGCACGGCGCGCGGCGCCGACUACAAGCGCAAGAAGCCGCAAUUGCUCGAUGCGGUGCUGCACAGUUUCCGGACCAUCGCCGCCGAGGCCGAUCUGGUUCUGGUCGAGGGCGCCGGUUCGCCCGCCGAAAUCAAUCUGCGCGCCGGCGACAUCGCCAAUAUGGGCUUUGCCACGCGCGCCGGCGUUCCGGUCGUCCUGAUCGGCGACAUCGACCGGGGCGGGGUGAUCGCAUCGCUGGCCGGGACCCACGCGAUCCUUUCGCCCGAGGACCGGGCGAUGGUCGUCGGCUAUCUGAUCAACAAGUUCCGGGGCGACGUCUCGCUGUUCGAUGACGGGCUGACGGCGAUCACCGAUUUCACCGGCUGGCCCUCUUUCGGCGUCGUGCCAUGGUUGGCCGAUGCAAGGCGUCUGCCGGCCGAGGAUUCGGUCGGUGUUGAAAUGUUCGGCGGCGCGAACCGUUCCGGCAUGCUGAAGGUGGCCGUGCCGCUGCUUGGGCGGAUCGCCAAUUUCGACGAUCUCGAUCCGCUGGCCGCCGAAGAGGGCGUCAAUGUCGUCAUGGUGCCGCCGGGCGAUCCGAUUCCCGGCGAUGCGCAUCUGAUCGUCAUUCCGGGUAGCAAGUGCACCGUCUCCGAUCUCAAGGCGCUCGACCGGAAUGGCUGGCGCCGGCAGAUCGUCGACCAUGCGCGGCGUGGCGGCCAUGUGGUGGGGCUCUGCGGUGGCUAUCAGAUGCUGGGCCGUGUGGUGCGCGACCCGAAGGGCAUCGAAGGCGCGCCGGGCGAGGCCGAGGGUCUGGGUCUUCUGGACAUCGAGACGGUGAUGCAUCCGGCCAAGACCGUCCGCAACGCGUCGGCCCGGUCCGUCGUGCACGAUGUGCCGCUGACGGGUUAUGAAAUCCAUCUGGGCGAAACCAUCGGUCCCGAUUGCGCGCGUCCGGUCGCGAUCAUCGACGGCCGUCCCGAUGGCGCGAUCUCCGCCGAUGGCCGGGUGAUGGGCACCUAUCUGCACGGCCUGUUCGACGCGGGCGGGUUCCGGCGCGCCUUUCUGGCCGGUUUCGGAAUUGGAGCCGAGGCGGUCGACCAUCGCGCGCGGAUCGAGGCCGCCGUGGAUGCGAUCGCCGACGAACUGGAAACGGUGGUUGCCGCCGAUGCGUUGCUGGAGGCGGCACGGCCGGGCGCCCUCAUCGCAGCCGACCCCGCGACUGUAGAAUGGCGCGGACGUCCAUCGCCGCUUCGUGCGGCGGCCACUGGAGAAAUCCGGGAAGGCGGGGCGCUCCGAUCCGGGCACUGCCCGGCGCUGCGCGACCCCAUGCGGAUCAAUGCGAUCCUCCUGCGGCCCACCGCGACGGCACUGGACGGUGUGACACUGGUGCUCGGCGGCGCGCGCUCGGGCAAGUCGGGGUUUGCCGAGCGCCUCGUCGCCGGCUCGGGCCUUGACCCCGUCUAUGUCGCCACGGCCCAGAUUUUCGAUGAGGAAAUGCGCGAGCGGAUCGUCCAUCACCGGGCGCGGCGCGGCGCCGAAUGGCGGCUUGUCGAAGAGCAUGACGCGCUCGAAUCCGUGCUGUUGCGGGAGGCGAUUGCAGGUCAGGCGGUGCUGGUCGAUUGCCUGACGCUCUGGGUCACGAACCUGAUGCUCGCCGAAGCCGACGUCCGCGCGCGGUCGUUUGCACUGCUCGACGCGCUUGGCGCGUGCGCGGGUCCGGUCGUGCUGGUUGCCAACGAGGUGGGCCUGGGCAUCGUGCCGGACAACAAGAUGGCGCGCGACUUCCGCGAUCAUGCCGGGCGGCUGAACCAGGAGAUCGCCGCCCAUGCCGACACGGUCCAUUUUCUGGCAGCCGGGCUGCCGCUGACACUCAAGGGGUGA